AUGUUAUUCAUCGAUAUCAAUGUAUUGUUUUUCAAUAAAUAUCCCAAUUUGAUAGCCCAUUCAGAUAAAGACAAACCAAUCUGUUGGACAGAUUAUAUUUCCAGAGGUCAAUUGAAAAUUCCAUCUGACAAUUUAAUGCGAGCUGUGAAACAAUUAGAAAUACAUUUCAGAAGUCUCCACGGUGACAACCUGUCAAAAGCUCCUAAUAUAUUUAAAACAUUAACAGAUAAAUUACAAAUAAGUACUCAAGAUUUAAAGUUACCUUUAGAUGUUUUGCAAUGUCUUGUACGAACAAGAACUUAUAUAAGACUCAAUAAUUUAAACAAUCAAAUUAUGAGUCAAAAAUUUAAAAAAUUGGAAACAUUUAAAAAACAAAAAUUUACUAAAUAA